AGCGCCGCUCAGACACGUUCGCUCCCGUUCGCGCGCGCUCUGGUUCAAGAUCAACAAUUAACGCUGCGUCGCCGCGCCGAAGCCCUGUGAGUGGGAGCGAGACGGCAGACCCAAGAAAUAGACGCGUGCUGAGCAAAAGCAACACAAUCGGAGCGGGAACCGAUCACAGACUUUUAUUCAGACAAUAUUUAUACCCCGCUGUAGUUAAAAUUGAUAUCAAUUGAAAAGUUUCUGAAAAGUGCCAGUGGAUGUGUUCAGUAAAUACAUAACUGGACGUAAUACGCUAAUAACGGGAUCGUAGCAGUGCCGAGGGUUCCACACUCAGUGCGAAGCAAGAGAUCGGUCGAGGAAGACGCCCCUCCAUAUAGAACGCCCAUCUCCAACAGCAGUACGCGAAUACUCCACGAUGACAUCACGGGUGCGUCACUGGGCCCGACUGGGCACCGUGAUUCUUGGGAUCUGCUGCAUAGCCAGUGGGAUAUAUCUCUUCCGGAACUUCAUCGAAAUGUUCACACGCGUGCGCGGCAAGGAAAUGGCCUUGAGUCCAACGUCACGAUCGUUCGAGGGUUGGAAGGUGUCGCCCCUGCCGCUCAACUUCGAUGUCUACCUUUUUAACUGGACAAAUCCACAUGAAUUCUAUGUGGGAUCCGGCAAGAAGCCGCGAUUCGAGCAACUGGGACCCUAUCGGUUUCGAGAGCAUCCCGACAAAGUGGACAUCGAAUGGCACAACCAGAACGCUUCCGUGUCGUUCCACAAAAAGUCCUGGUUCUAUUUUGAUGCUGCUGGAAGCAACGGAAGUUUGACGGAUAUUGUCACUCAAGUCAACACCGUAGCACAUGCUGCUGCUAGGCGUGGUGCUGACAGCUGGUUAGGCAGAAUAACUGUUAAUUUUGCUAAUAAAGCUUAUAGUCAGGAUGUUACCGUCACUAAAACCGUUGAUGAAAUGCUCUUCAAGGGCUACGAGCACCAGUUCAUAAAAGUAGGCAAGCUGCUGAGGCCCCAAGAUGUUCCCUACUUGCGCGUGGGAUUCCAGUAUCCGCGGAACGGCAGUGCCAGCUUUGAUGGGGACAUUAACAUGUUCACCGGGUCCGACGAUAUUACCAAAAUGGGUCAGAUUCAUACGUGGAAUAACCUGACGCACACUGGAGCUUUUGAGGGCACCUGCGGGCAGGUUCGCGGUUCCAUGGGCGAGUUCUUUCCGCCCAACCUCAGCACCAACGACAGCGUCUACAUGUACAUGCCAAAGAUGUGCCGAGCUAUACCGCUGGACUACACGGAGACGGUUACGGUGCAUGGGGUGACUGCUUACAAGUUUAGUGGCACUCAGCACGCCGUAGACAACGGAACACUGCGCCCGGAGACGAGUUGCUACUGUGUCGGCGGCAAGUGUAUGCCCAUCGGAGUGAUCAACAUAGGUCCCUGCGCCUACAACGCAUCUGUCUACAUGUCGUUCCCGCACUUUUACUUGGCGGAUGCCAGCUACCUGGAGGCCAUCGAAGGUCUGCUACCGGAACGCGAGAAGCACGAGUUUUUCAUGACACUGGAACCCAAUGCGGGCGUGCCAAUGGACGUAGGCGGUGGAUUCCAGGCCAACUACUACAUGGAGCCCAUCCGGGGUAUUGAUAUCUACGAAAAUGUUCCAAAGGUCAUGAUUCCAAUGAUGUGGUGCGAAGAGCGAGUCCGGGUUUCGGAAGAAAUAGCCGCCGACAUCGCGUUGGUUCCGCUGAUUGUCCUGCUAGGACAGAUUGUAACUGGCAUCCUACUGGCCGGCGGCCUCAUAUGCACCUGCUGGUACCCGACUCGGCAGGUCACGCACUUCUGUCAAAGCGAUCCCAAGGCCAAAGCCAGUGCCUUUAGUCCCCUCGCCGCCUUUGGUGUAAAUUCAGCUGCGCCUUCGGCUCCGACCCAGCCUUUCCGCAGCAAUACUACUUCGUCGGGCAACGACCGCGUUGGAGUGCGACUGCUGGACUACAAUCGCAAUUCCGGAUUGAGGGACAGCGUUACAACGGACAGCUCGGCCAGGGAACGGCUGAUCGCCGAGGGCUCGCCCGAUGUCAUAGUUAGAUAAUACAUGCAUUGGCAUCAAGCUAUUCUGACGGUGCCCCCAACGAUCAUCUGCCUAAGACUCAUUUACGUCGUAAGCCAUUCUGCCUUAACCAUGCCCACAGAGGCUGGACCCAAUUGCUCACCAAGGACAUUGCUCCGGAACACAUCCCAUACCACAUUACCACGCAUUAGGAGUUUCCUCAGACAGCGAGAGAGAUUAAUAAGAUUAUUUAUUUUAGUGCCAAAAAAAGAAAACCCAAGCAAAAGUAAUUAACUAUUUUAGUAGGUUAAACUAAACUGUAAAUAGAGCGAGUCGUUAAGCGCCCAUUAAUCUUUCAUUUCCUAAAGUGUUGAAGUAAAAGCUGCUCAUCCCCAAAGUAUUUAUAUUUAUACGAAAAUGCAUACAUUUUGUAAAGCGUUAAGUUAAGUUUUAAUCCAAGUUGAGAUGAAGUGAUAUUGUAAACAUAUUGAACAGAGCGUGCAGAGCGAGGAGUUUUUACCUUUGCUCAAUAGGAUUGUCCUGAGACUGGGCAGUUGUCGUUUUAAGUCUUGUACAAAUAGCACUAGCACAAGAUUUCGCAUAUCCUAUGUAAAUAUGUCAAUCAGUGUUAACAUUAGAUCGUAGAGCACAGCUGUGAACCCCGGAAAUAUUUCCUAAAAUUCCUUAAGAUAAAAGAGAAUAAAUAAAAAAUACAUAUAAUGAA